CGUUAAAAAAAAUUUUUUUUUAAUUAAAAAAAAAAAUAAUAAUCUCUUUGCCUAACCUGGGGUUUGAAUUUACAACUCCGAGAUCAAGAGUCCCGUGCUCUACCUACUGAGUCAUCUAGGCACCCCCUUCUUUCAGUGUUUAUAAUCCUGAGCUCCCCAGCUCUUGAAACUGGCAGCACAGAUAUACAGCUGAUAGAGUGGAAAGGGUAGCUUGGCAACACUCUUGGGGACAGUAAGUGGAGAGAAGUUACUCCGAUGUAAAGGAACUGUAUUAUGAAAUCUACAAAACCGGUUGUCAAUUACUCCACGGCCCCACUCAGCCUUAUCGCUUGGUAUUUGAGCAGUCGCUAUUUUUAGCGUGAGAAUUCAACCAGCAAAAGUCACAGAUUUUAUUGUGGACUUCAUAUUAUGGAAGAUCACUGUCUUCCUGAUUCCAGGAGCCGCUGAGUUCCAUGUGCUUAAGUGAGAGCUUUUUCAUGGUGAAAGGAGCGGCCCUCUUCUUACAACAGGGAAACAGCCCUCAAAGCCAGCGAAGUCUUCAGCAUCCCCACAAGCAUGCAGGUGACCUGCCCCAACAUCUUCAAAUAAUGAUCAACCUCCUGCGUUGUGAAGAUCGGAUCAAGCUGGCCGUGCGCUUGGAGAGCGCCUGGGCGGAGCGGGUCCGGUACAUGGUGGUGGUAGACAGCAGCGGGCGCCAGGACACGGAGGAGAGCAUCUUGCUGGGAGUCGACUUUUCCAGUAAGGAGAGUAAAAGCUGUACCAUCGGGAUGGUUCUCCGGCUGUGGAGCGACACGAAAAUCCACCUUGACGGAGAUGGUGGGUUCAGCGUCAGCACAGCGGGACGGAUGCACGUCUUCAAGCCCGUGUCUGUCCAGGCCAUGUGGUCUGCCCUGCAGGUCCUUCACAAGGCCUGCGAAGUGGCACGGAGACACAACUACUUCCCCGGCGGCGUGGCUCUCAUCUGGGCCACCUACUAUGAGAGCUGCAUCAGCUCCGAUCAGAGCUGCAUCAACGAGUGGAACGCCAUGCAGGACCUGGAGUCCACGCGGCCCGACUCCCCGGCCCUGUUUGUGGACAAGCCAACUGAAGGGGAGAGGACCGAGCGCCUCAUCAAAGCCAAGCUCCGGAGCAUCAUGAUGAGCCAGGAUCUGGAAAACGUGACCUCAAAAGAAAUCCGUAAUGAAUUAGAGACACAGAUGAACUGUAACUUGAAAGAAUUCAAGGAAUUCAUAGACAACGAGAUGCUCCUUAUCUUGGGACAGAUGGACAAACCCUCCCUCAUCUUCGACCAUCUUUAUCUCGGCUCUGAAUGGAAUGCGUCCAAUCUGGAGGAGCUGCAGGGCUCAGGUGUUGACUACAUUUUAAAUGUCACCAGAGAAAUAGAUAAUUUUUUCCCUGGCUUAUUUGCAUAUCAUAACAUCCGAGUCUACGACGAGGAAACAACAGACCUUCUUGCCCACUGGAACGAGGCGUACCAUUUUAUAAACAAAGCAAAGAGGAACCAUUCCAAGUGCCUGGUGCAUUGCAAGAUGGGUGUCAGCCGAUCCGCUUCCACGGUCAUAGCCUACGCGAUGAAGGAGUUUGGCUGGCCUCUGGAAAAAGCGUACAACUACGUGAAGCAAAAGCGCAGCAUUACACGCCCCAACGCGGGCUUUAUGAGGCAGCUGUCUGAGUAUGAAGGCAUCUUGGAUGCGAGCAAACAACGACACAACAAGCUGUGGCGCCAGCAGGGCGACACCUGCCUCCAGCCGCCCAUGGAGGACCCCACGGGGUCUGGGGACUUCUUGCCGGAGACCCUGGACGGCACCCCAGAGGCCCAGCUGCCCUGCCUGGACGACGCUGCCCAGCCUGGGUUCCCAGACAGCAGGGCCCCAGGAGGAGCCGCCCUCCCCUGCUGCUUCCGGCGACUCUCAGACCCCCUCCUGCAUCCCCCCAGCGGCGAGACCCGCAGCGUGGUCCACCUGGAGGACCUGGAGAGGGACGCCCUCCUGGAGGAAGCAGCUGAGGCGACUGAGGCACACGGGCCGACCGCACAUCCCCAGGAAGCUUCCGGACCCUGCGAGAAGGAGGUGAAGAAGAAGCUGGAGUUCGGGAGCCCCAAGGCCCGGAGUGGCGGGUCGCCCCAGGUGGAGGAGAUGGAAGGGGAGGCGGCCCCGGGAGCAGGGCGGUGGGGGCGGCCCCCGCCCCAGCUGGACCAAAGCCUGCUCAACCGGGAAAACCUGAACAACAACAACAGCAAGAGGAGCUGUCCGGAGGACUUCGAGCACGAGGCUAUAUUCGGGAUCCUGAACAAGGUGAAGCCUUCCUACAAAUCCUGUGCCGACUGCAUGUACCCUACAGCCAGCGGGGCUCCUGAGGCCUGCAGGGGGCGGGGCGAGAACCCCGGUGCCCCCGCCAUCUGUACCCAGCCGACCUUCCUGCCCCACCUCACGUCUUCCCCUGUGGCCUACACGUCCAGCAGGGCCCGAGCUUUAGAGAGACUGGCCUCUGGCCCAAGCGAAAGUCCCCCUUUGCUACCACCAGCAGGCUCGAGGAGGUCAGAUGGCGGUGGCUCUGGGGCUGAAGCUGCCCCAGAGCUACCGGCUAGCCUUUCGGAACCUUCCAGAGAAACCCAAAGAGCCCUGCCAAAGUCCCUCCUUUUGAAGAACUCUCACUGUGAUAAGAACCCUCCAAGCAUGGAAGUGGCGAAGGAUGAAUCCCCACCCAAGAAAGAUCCGAAGCCAGCCAAGGACCUGCGGCUUCUGUUCAGUAAAGAAGCUGAGAAACCAACCACCAACAGCUACUUGAUGCAGCACCAGGAAUCCAUCAUUCAGCUGCAGAAGGCGGGCUUGGUCCGGAAGCACACCAAAGAACUGGAGAGGUUAAAGGGCACGCCCGCAGAUCCGGCUUCUCCCUCCAGGGACGGCACGACCAGCAGGCUGGAGGCCAGCAUCCCCGAGGAGAACCCCGCUCCGCCGGGGCCCCUGCCGCUGCCUCGCCUCUCUGGGAGUGACGAGAAGUCAGAGGCCCUCCCCGCUCCACUUGAAGGAGCCCCACUCAAGAGUCCCACCCCCUUCCUCUGCCGCCUGGAUCACACCAGUCAUUUCUCAAAAGACUUCCUGAAGACGAUCUGCUACACCCCCACCUCCUCCUCCAUGAGCUCCAACCUGACCCGGAGCUCCAGCAGCGACAGCAUCCACAGCGUCCGAGGCAAGCCCGGGCUCGUGAAGCAGCGGACGCAGGAGAUCGAGACCCGUCUCCGGCUGGCGGGCCUCACCGUCUCGUCCCCGCUGAAACGCUCACACUCUCUGGCCAAGCUCGGAAGUCUCAACUUCUCGACCGAGGACCUGUCCGGUGAGGCGGACGCGUCCACCCUCGCCGACUCCCGGGACGCAAAGUUGGGCGAGUCCUCCUUCUCGUGUGAGCCCCGGGCAAACCCAAGGAACCCAGCUGCAACCUCUCCGCCAUCAGGGAAACCCGCUUCAGAAAACUUGAGAAGCCCCUUGUGGCUGAGCAGGAGCUGACCCGCCUCUGGCUGCAUUUGGACGGACGCCAUCACGUGAUCCCUCCGUGCGUUUCACCGGGGGUUUUGGUCAGCCCCUUGUAUCUUGAUUUCUCCUAAACAGUGGACGCUCGGACUUUCCCCCUCUUGCCACAGAGAGGAGGGGAAGAGACAAAAAAUAACGUAGCCCAAGAAGAAAGGGGGAAGAAGCCAGGUGUGUGGCCCUGGAGAGCCAGAAGCCGUCGGCCAGUAGAUACAAAACCCUGAUCCCCAGGUCCUGUGGUUUCAGGAAGAAUCCUGUUUUUAAAAAGCAUAUACAGAUGUGCAGACACAUCGCAAGUACUCCCUUGGCACCAUGCGAAAGAACGGGAGCCGAGAUGGCUCCGUCGCCACGCGCACGUUCCUAGCUCAUUCGGGCCCUCGCGGGGAAACCCUUGGAUGGCAAUAUUAAGUCCUACCUCUGUUCUUGCUGUGCUUUUUGUUUUUAAGAUACAAUAGUGACCCAGGCUCGUUCCAGGGAAUGAUGCUGUGUCAGAAAAGGUUUUUUCCAAAAGAGAAUUUUUUUUUUUGGUCCCCACCAAAAAAAAAAAAACCACCCCAAAAAGCGUUAAGACUUUUAAGUCGACCGCACCAAGCGCCGCUAGGUAAAGUGAACACGAAGUCGUCCAGUGCCGUUGUUGAACCAACUCUGUGGCGCGUGGAGAUCAUCCGUACGGUUGGCUUCUUUGUCCUGGUUGUGUUGUUACUGCUGAGUGAUGCGCGUCUGGCCAGCGCCAGGGCGAGGGGUGGGGGGGCGGGAACGUACGUGACAUCCUUGGUCGUUGCCAAUGGCAAAGUUUAAACUGCCCCCAACCUGGGAAGGAGGACCCACGACGCACUGCGGGUCCCUCAUCCGCUGCUGGACCCGGUGCGGUUGUGUUGAGGCUUUGGAAGUGAUUGAGCGUCUGGUGGGGACGGUGGUGCUGCCACUUGGAUCGAUCAUCCUGCCAGGAGCCCCGGCCCUGGGUUCCUUGGGUCACAGGAGCGUGUUUGGGGAGGCAGAGGGGGUCUCCCUCCUGGGGAACGACUCUGUGGCAGCUUCUCAGAGAAACGAGAUGAUGGAAAAGCUUCCCAGAUGUUUACAGCUGCCCCUUCCUUAGGUGAGGACACUGCUUCCUGUUUCUCUCUGGCUCUUCCUCGCGGUGAGGCCAGAGGGGAGGAGAGGUCUGUAGUCCCGGCCUGGGCUCCAGGUAGCCCCCUUUCAGAAUCCAGUGAGCUGCACACGUCAUGCUGUCACUGGCUCCGGGCUGGGGGGGGGGGAAGGGGUGGCGGUGGGGGAGGGGCUCCGCAGGUGUUGUGCGGAGCCCCUGUUAAAAUAUUUUGGAGAGAGAGAAAAGAGGCUCGCUGGGUAAGGCAGAAAGGUUUCAUCCAAGGAGGCAGAAAACUGGUGUACGGACCCAUGGGCCAAGAACAUUUUUAAGAGGUUACAAAAAAAAUAACAAUACGCAACCGGUGCCAGGUAGCCAGCAAAGCUUAAGAUACUCACCCUCGAGCCCUUUAUAAAGUUUGCGGACCCUGGGCUUUAUUCGACACCUCGGGGCUCCAGAACAAAACUGGCGAAUCUGAAGGCCCUCCCUGCCUCUUGGACACCUCAAGCCAAACCCUUGCCUUCUCCCGACCCAGACCUUGCCAGCCCACCCCCGCGCGGCUCUCACGCAGGGUAGGGUCGCUGUGUAGGUGCGAGGGCGCUGCUGGCCGAAGCUUUCCCGGAGUAUAGCUGGCUCUCCGCUGGCAACCAGAUUCGUUCAGUGAAACUACAAGCCUCCCGGGCCCAGCCAAGCUCCGAAAGUGGGCGAAGCAGUCGCCCUCUUACGUUUUACAUUGGUCAGACCUGGGCCCCCCGAGAGCACUCCGGGAAGGAUCUUCAGGAACAAGGGUGAUCCACAUUCCAACUAGCGGGUAGAGUCUGUGCAAAAAUGCUCUCUCCAGGAACUUUUCCUCUCUGGCAUUCUUUUUUAUUUUUAUUUUUUAUGAUUUUUUUUCUAACAUCACGUUACUUUAUAGGAAUUUAUUUUCCCACCUGUCAAUCCAAACCACCUUAAAAGGUGAUUAUCUGCUUCUUCCUGAAAACCCUUUUGGGUACCCCGCCCCCCCCCCCCCACUCCCGCCACCGCCCUGGCCAAAAGAAACAUAUUCUCAAAAAACAUACCAAGUUCAAUACGUUUUGCCAAAUUAAAUUUCAUGUGGUGGCUCAAUUUUUGUGUCAAAAUAAUCCUUUAGAUUUGACGCUGACAGGCUUGGGUUGCUCUUUUAAGACCAGGUCUGUGUGUGAGAACCGGAUGUUUUUAAUUUUCAAAGUGUAGGAGGAGGAUUAGGAAUUUGAAUGAGUCUUUGGCUUCCGGUUGCCCAUUUGUCUUCAGAAGCACGGCUCGCCUUUCAGCGUCUACACAGACCAGGGCCCAGGUCCCCAUUAUCAGAGCAAAAUGAAGCCCUCUUGAUUUAAUGGCUACCACUCUGGCCUGGAGGAAAGGAUCAAAGCUUUUCUCCCAGACCCAGAGGAGCAAGAACACCCCGCCAGGCUUGGGGGCACCCUGGCAAAGACAGGCUCACGCUGGCCCCUGGAAGAGGAAGUUUGUGCCACACGACAUGCCGUGUCUUGACCGAUGCCCCGUCUCGUCUUCCUUGCUGAUGGCGAGAAUUCUGAACAUGGGUGGCACAAGUUAGAGGCGGGGUCUUUGCUGUGAAAGUCGUUGGUUUUGGUGACCACCCUCUUCGGAGAACGCCCUUGCUGAAACAGAGAGCAAAAGUUUUCUAAGUCAGCUUGAUGAUCUCCCUGAGCCUUGAACCGCUUUUCACGUACUGUCUCGCCUCUCUCUCUUUUGCUUUAAUUCCUGUGGCAUGCCAGAAGUUAGACUCAGCUUCCCCAGAUGUUCAUCUUGCAUUGAUUCGGGGCGGGGAGGGUCUUCUUGUGAAGCUUUAGGUAUUCGGGGGAAACUGGUCACGGAGAGAGAAACCACAGGACCCCCUGGUCAUGAUCUGACAAUGCCGAUUUCAGUUUCUUGGCCGGGUAGCUACUGCAGGGCCUUGGAGCGAUGUCCAUCACCGCGUGAACUUGAGAACAAAAUUGCCCACUCUUGGCAUUCCCUGCUGCUUUGAUCUCACUGUGUGGGGACCCAUGCCGAGCUCUGGGUGCCCAACAGCAGGCUCCUGGGUAGUGGGUAGCGGUACCCUGUCCGUCAUGCAUGAGAUCGCUCACUAGCUGCUCACAGAUGGCUGCACUGUGCCAGCCUCUUCUGUUCCCCCCCACACCUCUCGCCAAAAACCAUUCCAGCCCCUUCUAGAGCCUUUUCCCUCCCGGAUAAGCCCAGAGGAUGCCACAGAAUUAGCCUCUUCGGGACAGCCCUAGACUUAGGCACCCCUGUCUCUCCACACCGGCCAGAUCCCAGAAGGCUCAUGACUCGCCCUGCUCCCCUGGGACCAUUUCUCCCCAGUGAGAAGAAAUGCUACAUCGUCAAGGUCAUAGAAGUAACCUUACCCAAGGUGUCCGAAGAGAGACGUGCCCUCUGUUGACAGGAAAUGCCCGGUGCUGGAAUAUAUUUCACCCAGCGCUCCUCUGGCUUGCCACCUGGCGGGGCUUCCCGCAGACACAGCGAGGACAGGAGCACUAGGCAGGCUAAGGAGUUUGUGACACAGCAUGGUGCAGGUUCACCUGCUCUGCUCCCACCCCGCAGGUUCUUGCCGAUGCUGCAUGCCAAACACAGGUAGUUGAUCGACCCCCACGCUCAGCUACUUGGUCUUACUGUGUGCGUUCCGUAAGUGAAUCCCCGUGUGUAGGAGUUCACGCCGCAUCGAUAGGUCUACAGCUUGAAUCACAUCAUCCUGUGGGCCACUUCUGUCCCACCCACAUCCAUGCCGUGUCCGAAGCGGACCACCUUGACCCAUCUGGAGUGGGGCUGUGCAGCGGUCCCCACAGCACACCUGGACGUGACCACCUUUUGUCUUGCAGCCGGUGCCCUGGCCUCAGUCAGUCUCUUAAAUAGGAGUCUUUAUAACCAGCCCUCCAGCCCUCCGCGGUCCUUUGUAUUGGCCAUGCCACACAAGAAGGUGGCUGCUUCCUCCCCCCUCUUCCGACACUGUAAUUGUUGUUUUACAAUUGAGUGCCUUAAUAAUAGUUUACGAAUACUGUGUAUUUAUGGGAAACUGUUAAGCUCUCACCUGUGAUUGGACCUUUGCCUUGUCAGUGGUGGUUGGCGUGCGGGCCGGAGCUCGCCCUGCCCCACGCAUGCGCUCAUCUGCUGCGCGGUCGUGCGUGGGGCGGGGGGACCUGCAGGUGUCCAAGAGCAUCAGGGGUUCCUGCAGGCGAGGCAGGCGCUGGCUCACGCCGCGCCCCACAGUUGCAAGGAAAGCACGGAAUUUGGUUUGCUAGCCAGCUGGGGGGUGGCAUCCCGCCCCGUCACACGAUUGUACUCUUGUCUCAUAGAGAUCUCUUACCACCGAGGCCACCCUGUCUCCCCCCGUGCCGGUGUCCUGAGCUCUCUGCAAUAAAACGCAGGUGCAGGCACCACCCCCUGCAAAAUCAGGAACUCUACAAGAUAAGUUCUUUGGUUUUCAGAAGCUGCCAGUGGGUUCCAGCGUGUUGCGUUACGGUAUCGAUGAUUUUUUUUUUAUUAUAUUGUUUUUCUUCUUGUUUUUUUAUAUAUAUAUAUUUAAAAGGCAGUAUCUUUUGUACUGUGAAUUUGCAGUAGAAGAUGCAUAACGCACUUUUUCUUCUGUUGGUGCGUACUGUAAUAGUUCGUGUGCUUCUCGUGAUGAGAAUAAACUUUUUCUUUGUACGUGUUUGAUGACCUA